GGUGGCAGAAAUAGAAUCACUCGCUGAAACCUAACGUGGCUCAUAUCACCGACAUCAACCUACCGCACUACGCUCAACUCAACUCACAACAAAAGCAACCGAAUCGAGUCGUGCAGUCACUCGAGUGAUUAAGCUGAAUACAGUCACCCCGGAUUUGUAUCUAUCUAGGUAGAUUUAUCUACUCAACCAGUCGCAAACGUGGCGAGAAGCAUUAUACAAACGGGUCUACUGCUGAACAUGAGUACGGAGAUCUUCAAAACGCCAAUGGAGGUUGCUGUCUAUCAGUUACAUAACUUCAGCAUCUCAUUCUUCUCCUCAUUAGUAGGAGGAGAUGUGGUGUCUGUAAAACUCGACAACAGUGCCUCGGGUGCUAGCGUUGUUGCCAUUGACAACAAGAUAGAACAGGCAAUGGAUCUGGUGAAGAACCACCUGAUGUACGCAGUCAGGGAGGAGGUUGAGAUCCUCAAGGAGCAGAUCAGAGAGCUGGCUGAGAAGAACAACCAGCUAGAACGUGAGAACAGCCUUCUGAAGAACCUGGCCAGUCCAGAACAGAUGGAGAGCUUCCGGGAACGGGUUCCGUCCGACUCAGACGCUCUGGUUCCCCUGCAGCUGGACAACCAGUACCAGCAACAGGCCCAAAUUGGACUCCAUAACCCUGACCAGUCCUGCCACAUCAGCGCUGGCUCUGCUGUAUAGGUGGUUCUGCCUUGGACCUCCAGUUGUAAACUAAUCGUCGCUGCCAACUUCAGUGAAGCUGUCUGUAACAGAUGAUGAAACACAAUUGAUGAACGGAGCACAUGAAAAAAUGCUCUAACUAGCGGCUAUAGGCUGAAGCUAUAAGCUAAAAUGAGCCUUUCCUACGACAUCUAGACUCUUUCUCUUUAGACAAAAGCGCUAAACGAGAGGGCUCACAUGUAGCCAGCCGGAGAACGCUUGCAUUGGGACAGAGGGGAGGCUCCGGCCUUCUGGGGCCAGGAGGGCCAACCCCAUAGCCAUUCUCUACCACCCCUGCUACAGAGGGGGGAGAGGGCUAAAAGACAGGGCUGGCCCAGGGACCUGAUCCUGGGGAUGCCUCUCCACGCCAGAGUGGCCCGUCCUCCAGCUUACCUCUCCAGGUUCAGCCAAGGAAAAAGGAAAUCUUCUCCAAGACAGACAGAGAGACGGCCCUCCAGUCUCUGCUAGACCCCCCCCCCACCAUGUGGAUUUCUUCUUCUGAUAGUACAAGUUCUGGGGAGUCAGUCAGACCAUAUCUCAGCCAUCUUGUGACUGUUUCCACCUGCCACCAUCUACUGAUAUUCUCUGUCAAUAUUCCUUAAGAAGAAGCAACGUGUCUUCAGGGAACCAAACCUGAGCUCCAGUACAACGCGGAGAAGGAGGAUCUAGGAGAUCCUGGACUGUUGCUGGGAGAGAAAGGCCUGUUGCUUCUCUAUCUCAACCUCACUGCUGAUAACUGAUUACCAUAAUCAUGAUUCAGAACAUCAUUGCUUGUAUUCUCUGCAGUUGGGGUGUGCUGCUUAUGGGGGAAAAUCCUGCUAUUUUACUUUUCUUCUGAUUCUGAACAAAAUGGAAUACUUGUUAAUAGGAGCAUUGUAACUGUUCAGUUAAAUGAUUUAUUAUGGGGAUGGAAGUAUCUACUACCCGGUAUGCCUAGCUCUGUACAUUUUACUAACAUGUUCAGAGUAGUGGGCUGGAGAUGAAUUUGAGCAGCUGAUUUUUCUUCUAAAGGCUGUGAAUGCGAUCCUGACCUAGCAGACAUGUUCUGCGUGUUCAGAUGCCAACCUCAACUUGAAUCAAUGGCAUGACUAUAGUGCCUAUCUCCAGAAGAGGAAUACCAACAUUUCCACAAUGGACUUUUGUGUUUUCUAACUACCAAAGACGUUGUCUCAUUACUACUCCAAACGAAACCAAGCAACCUGGACCAUGUGUACAUCGUUCACAGGGAGAACUCUUGUUAGCAGUAAUGUUUUGUUUUUUGAUAAACGUUAGGUAUUGUUGCUGUAUUGUGUCCAUGAAACAGGUAUAUAUUUUUUAAAUGAUGUAAUGGAUACAAAAUGCACAUUUUCAAUAAACCCUAUGUUUACACUACA